UACCACCGACAGACCCUUUCAAGCAAAAGAUACCCACCGACAUACCUCAUCCUCGUCAUCUUCCCCGAAAUUAAGAAUGGCUGAACAAGUGACUAAGCAGAAGCUGUGGGGUGGUAGGUUCACUGGAUCUACGGAUCCUCUCAUGCACGAGUUUAACCAAUCCUUGUCUUAUGACAAAAGGAUGUUCAAGGCAGAUAUCAAAGGAUCUCAAGCUUACGCGUUGGCGUUAAAUGCGUCGGGGAUCUUAAACUCAGAGGAAUUUUCUGCGAUCCGCACUGGGCUGGAUGAAGUUUUGCAAGAAUGGGAAUCCUCUACAUUCGUCCCUCACGAAACAGAUGAGGAUAUUCAUACCGCUAACGAACGUCGAUUGAUGGAGAAGAUCGGCAAGGUCGCCGGGAAACUACAUACCGGCAGAAGUCGAAACGAUCAAGUUGCAACCGAUAUGAGGCUAUGGUUGAUGGAGGAGUGCGACAAACUUUUGCUAUUCAUGGAAAGUUUGAUCAAGGUGAUCGCAAGCCGAGCAGAAAAAGAGAUCGCUGUCCUCAUGCCUGGUUACACCCAUCUCCAACGUGCCCAACCUAUUCGAUGGUCCCACUUCCUUAUGUCACACGCCACGGCCUUCCUGUCCGAUUUUAAUCGGUUGAAGUCUUUGCUUCCCAGAAUUGCAACCCUUCCCCUAGGAUCAGGACCUCUUGCGGGAAACCCAUUUAACGUAGAUCGGCAGUUAUUGCUGGAAGCGCUUGGCUUUCAAUCGUUGUCAAUCAACUCGAUGCAUGGAGUCUCGGAUCGUGAUUUUGUGGCCGAAUUCCUCUUCUGGUGUACCAUGACGAUGGUACAUGUUAGUCGUCUGGCAGAGGAUUUAAUCAUCUAUUCCUCGUCGGAAUUCGGUUAUGUUACCCUAUCCGAUGCUUACAGUACUGGAUCUAGCAUCAUGCCCCAGAAGAAAAACCCAGAUUCACUCGAGCUUUUGCGGGGGAAAUCUGGAAGAACCUUUGGACAGCUCUCUGGGUUCUUGAUGACAUAUAAGGGUCUUCCAGCUACUUACAAUAAAGACUUGCAAGAAGACAAGGAACCUAUGUUUGAUGCGGCCGACACUUUGUCAGCCUCUAUCCAAAUCCUCGAGGGAGUCAUGGCAACUUUGGAGAUUCAUCCUGAGCGCAUGCAGGCAGCCCUGACGCCUGAAAUGUUAGCCACCGAUCUGGCUGAAUAUCUUGUUCGCAAAGGGAUUCCCUUCCGAGAAACGCAUCAUGUUUCAGGCUCGGCAGUCCGAUUGGCCGAGCAAAAGAAAAUCACUCUAGCGCAGAUCUCACUGGAAGAAUAUCAAGGGUUAUCUGAACAUUUCGCUCAAGACGUUUUCGAGGUUUUCAAUUUUGAAAACUCGGUUGAACGUAAAGACGUCAAAGGUGGAACUAGUAAAAGAGCGGUGCAAGAACAAAUCGAGGUCGUCUUGAACCAACUCAAAUCUCAGUAAACCCGUUGGUUUUUCAUAAGUUGAUGACACCCCAGUCGAAAGACAGAGCGAUAAGCGCCCGACGCCGACUGGCUUGACUGAUGAGGGACUCGUGUGUCAAGUUUGUUGGUUUUUUGGGACACAGAAAAAAAACCCCCACUGCAAUUGCUAUCAAAUUCUAAGCGUCACAAACUCACUUUCUUGCUUAACCAUUUUCACCAUUUUAUCUCUUGUCAAUCAUUAUCCCCCGGAUUGAUCCUUAGCUCAACGUCUUCUUUCUUUCUGACAAUUGUUGGCUAUCCACCACUUUCAUAGAACACGCAGCCAAGUGUAUAUAGCUGUCAUAGCCGAUGAAGCAAUAACUUGAUUAGUUGGUUAAUUGAUUGAUUGAUUGGGCCACAGGUGCAUUAUUAGCCAACCAAUGGUGAUAAUACUGGA